ACAUUUUACGCGAAAUAGUCAUCUGUGCGCGUUGCUGGACGGAAACUGCUCUCCGAAAUUAAAAAUAAUGAUUUUAUAAGGAUAUAAAUACUUUGUUCCGGUGACCACUUAAACAUUGUAUUUGUUUCUUUAAUUGUUGCAUUUUUUAUCUUGAGACCGAACCGAAACAAGAUGCAUUCAAAGAUUUUCCUAGUUUUCGUUGUGUUUUUCGGUGCGUGUGUAGCUACUGAUACGGUGAAUUGGUCUGAUUGUGGAUCAACAGCCGGUGAAGUAAAAAGUGUUGUUGUAGCUAAUUGCCCUGGUGAUAGAUGUAUCUUAAAAAGGGGAACUAAUGCAACAUUGGCCAUUACAUUUAUUUCAAAAGUAAGCUCAACAAACCUAACCGCGGUGGUAUAUGGUGACGUUUUGGGUUACAAGACCAAAUUCCCGCUACCAAAUGCAGACGCAUGUAAAGGAGUAGGAGUAGAAUGCCCUCUCGAAGAAGGAAAAACCUAUGUAUAUACUGAUACCUUUGAAGUAAAGCAAGUAUAUCCUAGGGUGAUUGUUGAGAUUUGGUGGGAACUCAUAACUGACACUGGAGACAAAGCAGUGUGUAUCAUCAUACCAGCAAAGAUAAAUUAAAUAUAUUUAUAUUUUUAGUCUAAGAAAUAAUUAUAAAUUCUUCAAAUAUUACCUUUAAAGCAUUUCUCGAAUAAACUUUUAAAAGAUUUCGUUGUUUU